UGUCUUUUAUGAAUAAUCAAAAGCAGCAGAAGCCAACGCUAUCAGGCCAGCGUUUUAAAACCAGAAAAAGAGAUGAAAAAGAGAGGUUUGACCCUACUCAGUUUCAAGACUGCAUUAUUCAAGGCUUAACUGAAACUGGUACUGAUUUGGAAGCAGUAGCAAAGUUUCUUGAUGCUUCUGGAGCAAAACUUGAUUACCGCCGAUAUGCAGAAACACUCUUUGACAUUCUGGUGGCUGGUGGAAUGCUGGCCCCAGGUGGUACACUGGCAGAUGACAUGAUGCGCACAGAUGUCUGUGUGUUCGCAGCACAAGAAGACUUGGAGACCAUGCAGGCAUUUGCUCAGGUUUUUAACAAGUUAAUCAGGCGCUACAAGUACUUGGAGAAAGGUUUUGAAGAUGAAGUGAAAAAGUUGCUCCUGUUCUUGAAGGGGUUUUCAGAGUCCGAGAGGAACAAGUUGGCUAUGUUGACUGGUGUUCUUCUAGCUAAUGGGACACUCAACGCAUCCAUUCUCAAUAGCCUUUAUAAUGAGAAUUUGGUUAAAGAAGGGGUUUCAGCAGCUUUUGCUGUGAAGCUCUUUAAAUCAUGGAUAAAUGAGAAAGAUAUCAAUGCAGUAGCUGCGAGUCUUCGAAAAGUCAGCAUGGAUAACAGACUGAUGGAACUUUUUCCUGCCAAUAAACAAAGCGUUGAGCACUUCACUAAGUAUUUCACUGAGGCUGGUUUAAAAGAACUCUCAGAAUAUGUUCGAAAUCAGCAAACCAUAGGAGCCCGGAAGGAACUUCAAAAAGAACUUCAAGAACAGAUGUCCCGUGGUGAUCCAUUUAAGGAUAUAAUCUUGUAUGUCAAGGAGGAGAUGAAGAAAAACAAUAUCCCAGAACCUGUUGUCAUUGGAAUAGUCUGGUCCAGUGUAAUGAGCACAGUCGAAUGGAACAAAAAAGAGGAGCUUGUAGCAGAGCAAGCCAUCAAGCACUUGAAGCAAUACAGCCCUCUACUUGCUGCCUUUACUACUCAAGGUCAGUCUGAGCUGACUCUGUUGUUGAAGAUUCAGGAGUAUUGCUAUGACAACAUCCAUUUCAUGAAGGCCUUCCAGAAAAUAGUGGUGCUUUUUUAUAAAGCUGAAGUCCUGAGCGAAGAACCCAUUCUGAAGUGGUAUAAAGACGCACAUGUUGCAAAGGGGAAAAGCGUCUUCCUUGAACAAAUGAAGAAGUUUGUAGAGUGGCUCAAAAAUGCUGAAGAAGAAUCUGAGUCUGAAGCUGAAGAAGGUGACUGAAUUUUGAAACUACACCGGCAGUAAAGCAAACGGGAGUUGUAGAUAAAAUGUCAUGUCUCGUGUCCUGGUUCUUAACAUCUUCCUACCUCCCUAUAUCUAGCAUGAUAUAAGGGCUUUCAUGGCAAAUUUUAUUUUAAUUGUUUCUAUGGUUACUGGAAAUGUUGGGUUUAGUUUCUAAGAACCAUGUUUUAAGUAGCUGCAGGAGCUGUAGGUUUGAGGCUAAUGUCGCGUCAGUCUUUUCAGUCACCUCCGACCUCCUGUAUUUUCUACUAUGACGAUGUACUUUAAGGCCUUCCACAAUGAACAGUUCACUUUAUCCCCUGGGUUUUCUAUAUAAAGUUUUCAAAAUAUGAUUUGGUUAAAAAUAAUUUGUUAUACAAAUUCUGUUUGCAAAUUAAAAUGUACAAGUAUCCAAAGUCUCAAAAGGCAAUGAUUUCUGUGUGAUGAUUCGGUAUGCCCAAAAAUCCCCUCAUCAGUGAUAACAGUAGUUGAAUUUGUUUAACCCAAUUCUUCAACAUUUCGACCUUACUUGCAAAUUAAUAUUUUCUUGCAUUAUUUUAACCCCAUUAUCUUCUGACCUCAGUUCUCUGGUUCUCAUUUCUUAAAGCCAUGGAGAGCAAGCUUGAAAACAAGGUCUUAGUGGUGAACUCCUUUGUGACAGAGCUGGUAGGAAGAAGAAAGUUUUUCCCAUUGACAAACUUACUCAAUUUUUAUCUUUGCAGGCAAAAUAAAUAUAUCAAUUCCUUUCAUACAGCCAUUAUCAAAAAGUCUUACCAUUGGAAGUAUCUUAUACUUGCCAGACAUUUUGAUAAAAGAUUCAAAAGUAGUGAGUAAGAUUAAAUGGUUAUUACCAUGUUCUAAUUGAAACUCUAAAUGUAUUGUAGAGUGAAGUAUGGUAUAGUACAUCCCUCCUUGGUCAUAACAGAGCAGCUUCAUUCUCUACAUCUUCAGUGAUGACUUGAGCAUCAACAUCAGGCUGUUAGCACACUAGCUGCCAUAGUUUUUAAUUGCCAUGAGCCAAGUAUCUCUUCUGUACAACUGAUUUUUUUUUCUUUAUAUUUCUUGCUGCUACUCAUCUAUGUAUUGUAAUCACUAGGAAACAGUAUUGCCUAUUGCCACCCUUGGUAGAAAGUUCAUGUUAAAAGGGAACAUAUUUUGGAAAUUCCUCUCUGGUGAAAGAAAUUAGCAUGGAAUGAUUUCAGCAGAGAUUGAGUGGAGGCUGCCCCAAGAACUUUAUCUUGAGUGGAACAUACAGUACAUGAUUUCAAGUAAAGGUGGGGUCCUUAAAGUUUUAAGGACAUUGGAACUAAUGCUGUUGUAUAUGGGGUGCCGGUGUUAAGUGGACAGCUGAUAAUUUCCAUCAGAUAAAAUGUACUGAGUUUCUCUGUAGUGGUCUGCUCUUAUUUUGUAAUUUGUAGUCCUCAGAAGACUUUUUAAAAAUAAAGUCUGUGCUUAGGUUACAUAGGUCAGUCUUUUUUUUUUUUUUUUGUAAAUUCUCUGUUAGCCUAGUGAGUGAUACUGUAUACCAUGCAUUCUGAUGCUUUGUGUGAAAGUUAAAUGAUUGCUCUUCCCAUCCCAUGAUUCCCAGACUAUAAAAUCCACACUGAAUUCAGAUGUAGCAAAAACCACAUUGUUGUUUCUACAGCCAAACUGUUGCAUGUUCCUCCCGUUCAGAAUGUAGCCUGUUUUCCUAUAGACUGUGUGUAGUCUUCCAGAACUACAUUAUGAUCUUUGUCUAGCAGUUUUUUUUUUUUUCCUUCAUGACAAGUAGUAUUUACUAACUACAUUAUUAAAUAACCUGUGGCGGUAUAAAGCAAAAGGGAAUGCUUUCUAAAAAGACUUUUGCAGAUCUUCAUUUUGAAUUUUAAGUGGUAAUUUUAGAACUCAGCUGCCAGUGCCAAUCCAUUGCUUCAAAUAUGUAAUUCUUAAUAUAGAUGUUGACAUAGUAUGGGGAAAUGUUAGUUGAUUUUUCUAAUGUGGUAUCCCUGUCUAAGGCUAAGUCUCCAAUGCCAUAAUUAAAUGUACUUUUAGAGCUGAUCAUAAAUUUGAUUGAUCUUAAUUUUGGGAAUAUUGUCCUAGAGCUAUUUAUUCUGUUCUAGUGAAGACUCCAAAAACGGCCCCAUAGUAUUUUGAACAAAAGAGAGAGGAGAUGGCAUGCAAUUGAGAGAUUCACUUCUAGUUCUGUGAUUCUCAAAGCAUUUUCUCAUCAGCCAUCUCCAGGAGCCUUUUUUGACUUUUCUAAUUGCACUCCAAUAAAUUUUAAUAUUAUGGCUGUGCUUUGUAUUGUAUUUGAUUUAACCAUGAAAGAAAAUGGUUGUGGGGGUUCCAUUAUUUUUGUGCCACUAGAGGGUGAUGGUACCCUAUUUUGCCCUUUAAAAAAGGUGAAGAAACUUGGAAAUAAGACAUUGCAUUGGCAGACAUCUUUUUCCUUAAGAUUUUACUUUCUGGGCGGGAGUAGAUAGCAUAGUACUUCUGCAAAGAAACUCAGUGCCGGGGGCUCUAAAACCCCAGGUUCAAUUCCCUACACCACCAUAAACCAGAGCUGAGCAGUGCUCUGGUGAAAAAAGAGA